UCGGUUAUUCCGAGCAGUAGGACAAGAAGCAAUGGGCAGAAACUGAUACCCAGGAAGUUCCACCUGGCAUGAGGAAGAGCUUCUUUCCUGUGCAGGUGACCACACACAGGAACAGAUUGCCCAGAGAGACUGUGGAGUCCCCCUCGCUGCUGAUACUCAAGAACUGCCUGGACACAAUCGUGUGCAGUGUGCUCCAGGAUAACCCUGCUUGAGCAGGGAAGUUGAACAAGAGGACCCCCUAUGGUCCCUUCUAACCCGACCCAUUCUGUGAUUUUUUUCAUAAAGCCUUGGCUAGCAUAGAGCCUGUACUUGGACAUGCGUGUAUUUUUUACCUAAUUACGUAGUCCUAAAACAAGGUAUGAAGGAAUAACAUGUUGAAACUUGAAGACAUUAGCAUUAAUGCCAUAAAACCCUUCUGUUUUCAGGUAUGAUGUAGAAAUGCAAUUUAAUCAUACUGAAAUAGGGAAAACUGCAAGCUACAAGAAACUAGCAUCCAAAAGUGACACUUCAGCGUUCGUACUGUGAAAGGCUGAACAUUUAUCAGAAAUCACUAACACAGCUGGUCCUGUAGAUGCCAAGGAAGAACUCUUGGGUGAAUGUUGCACUAUUUGGAAGCAGAUGGAAGAGUGUCAGAGAAAGUUAAUGCUUCUAGGAACAGAAACGAUGCUGCCAUCGGAUGCCAAGCUUUCCUUGUUAAUGCUGCAGUGGAAAGCUUUAACAGCAGAGCGUCGUCAGUGGCAAGCGAAAAAUCCUGAAAUAAUUUCUACCAAUCCAGAUGUCCUGUUAGAAUUAGGAAAAGAAGAGUUGCAGAAAGUAAAAAAUGAUCUUGAAAUGAUGCUGUCAACAGUUCAGUUAAAGAAUAAGAAUCUGGAAGAAGAUCUGAAAAGAGAAAAGCAGUGGUAUGAGGAACAGAAACACAUGCUAGAUACUAUUACUGAAAUUGAGGAAGAGGCAAAUGCCCAAGUUGGACCACCUUCCACAGAAAGUUUGGAAAUCAGAGAAUCCAAUGAAUUGAAAAAUAAAAUACUGAAAUUAAAGGCCUUUAAGAAAGAAAUCUUGAGCGCUUUUGUUGGGUUCCUGGAUGAACAUUUUCCUCUUAUAGAGGAAGGUGGAAAUACUAAAAAUAAGAACUCUUCUGCAGAGUCAGGUGUAGAACUGAUAUCACUGAAAGAAAUUUUAGAGAAUCUGAUAAACAAAGUAGUUGCCACACCACAUGAACCUUACUUAACAAUCAAUGAGUCAUUUUGGCCACCUUACAUUGAGCUGCUGCUGCGAUAUGGAAUUGCCCUAAGACAUCCACAAGAUCCAAACAGAAUGCGCCUCCAACCUUUUCACAAGUAGUGUGACCUACACAUGCGUUUGGAAACAAAACAACACCAGUAGUCUUAAUUCAGGGUUAGGACAUACUAAGGUUUCAUAGGAAGCUUUUUUUUCAGGAAGGUUUGAUCAACCAUCCCUUCUCGUUGGAUGGGUUUAUUUCUUUUGUAUUAAAGUAGAUAUUUAAGAGCAUGAAAUGUGGGGGGGAAAAAGGUAUCUAAUUUAGCUGCUUACAGUUGGCCUUCAGUGCUGUAUGAAGAUUUGCGUUGUGGAAGGUUUAUUUAACUGCUUCUGUAAGAUGUUAAUUCAUGUAAUAAACAAAAAUAUUUAACACUUUAUUUUAAAAAUCAUACUUUAUACAUUACUUUUGUGGUUUAGAUUUCUUUGAUUGUCUGAAGUUGUCUCAAUUUCCUUUAGUAUUUUCUUGUGCUGUGUAGAGUACAUGGCCUUGCAAACAUUUGGAACUAACAGACAGGUAUCCUCUCAAAAAUGUGUUAUGCCUUUGCAAACAAUUUUAUUGGCUCCAAGAUAAACACUUAGGAAAAACGACAUAUCUUUCUGUGCAAAGUGCAGAAAACGUUGAGUCUGCACCUUUCACUUCAUGCUUCCCAAAUAGCCCAUUUUGUGUUAUGCUAUAUUGCCUUACAGUAUCUGUUACCACUUUUUCAGACCUAGUUUAUCAAGGUUUUAAUGGGUCGGCGCUGCUGAUCUCUACAGCUUCUACGUUACAUCAGUUGAGAGUUACCUUCUGGCUCAAUGCUGGCAUUCUAUGUAAUCUCAGUUUUUUCUGUAGCCAUUAUUAUUGUAUUGUAUUGCGUACAAAAAUUGUACGCUUGUAUAUCUGUAGUGACUAAAACUUUGGAAAAUGAGGUUUGUCCUAUAUUAACCGAAUUGUAGUUUAUUGUAUUUUUAUUUUAUUGAGGAACUUUGGUGAUUUUUAAAUUUUAGAAUAAAGACUUGUAUACUAUCA